UUUUCCUCCAAAACACGCGGCUCCAACUCUGCGUUCUUUCCAGCGAGGCAGGCGGCUUCAACUCUCUGCCUUCUUUCCAGCAAGGCACGCUAUCUUCUUCUUCGUAGGUAUCCGCCGCAGGUGCUUCUUAGCACACGAUCGCGUUCUUUUCACAAGGCACGGAUCCACUGAACAAGCUCAAGCUCAGAGUUAAUAAUGGUGCGGGCCAAGCCAGCUUCUUCCAAGAAACAAAAACGUGGAGUGGAUUUCAAAAAAAUAAGGCAUAAGAUUGGACGAAGGUUGCCACCGCCAAAGAAUGCUACCAAUGUGCAGAUUAAAUCUAAAGCCAUUGUGCUUCCUCAGCAGAGUAUUGCAUCAGAGAAAGAAGGGCUUGCUGUGAACAAGAAAGGCCUGACACUAAGAGAGCUCCUUCAGCAGACAUCCCAUCACAAUGCUAAGAUAAGGAGAGCUGCACUUGUUGGUAUAAAAGACCUCAUUGUAAAGUAUCCAUUGGAGCUUAAACUUCACAAGCUUGCCAUUAUAGAGAAGCUUCGUGAGCGGAUAUGUGAUAAUGACAAGAUGGUCCGUGACACAUUAUAUCACCUCUUAAAAAAUGUGAUAUUUCCUUCAUCAAAAGAGGAAAUAACAGCACCUGUAAUCUCUUUACUAAUGGCUUACAUCUUUAAUGCGAUGACACAUAUGACAGUUGACAUUAGGCUAAUGGCUUUCAAAUUUUUUGAACUCCUUGCCACGAACUAUCCAUCUUCCUUCAUGUUGUAUGCUGAAAAGGUUCUUGAUAAUUACAUAGAUAUCCUCAGAAACAACCAAAUAUACCUAGUUGAGAAGAGCAAGCUCAUCAAUGCUCUUGCUGGGCUUGCUCACUGCCUAUCUUUGAUAGCUAACAAAGGUCAACGUAAUGAUAGAUUGAACAAUCAGAAUCAGGAAAAAUUUCAGGGAAGAGUUCUACAUGCCUACAAGCUAGAGGUCCAUGAAGAUCAUGCUGGAAUCGAUUCUUUGUACGUGAAACUUGAAGAACUUGUUCCAGUACUUAUAAAUUGUUUUUUGGAGUCAACUUCAACAACUCGUACAAUGGAUGUAAUUGAUGCCCGAUCAUUUGAUUGCAUGUUGUCUACACUUCAUUGUACAUACCUGGCUGUUAAAUUUCUUGGGAUAGAGAAGCUUUCCACUUCAGUGUUUGAUGGACGUGAUGUUGGGCAGAAAAAAUUUAAUUUAUAUGUUAAAAAACUUUGGGAAACAUUUCCUGUCCGCCAGCUUUUUCAAUCAGCAGAAAAGGAUGAUGAUAAAUAUAUAAUUUUGGAUAUCAAGAUCGCUCAGAUAUUUUUGUGCCUAACUAAAUGGGUGAAUGGUAUUGAUUUUCUGAGUGACAAGCUUGUUGAGUUCAUCGAGUUUUUGUUGUUGGUUGGCACAAAUACACGGAAAAAAGGGGCACAUAUGGAAAACCACAUUGUUUCCCUCUUACCAUUUAUACCAAGACUUCUUUCACAGAUUACUACCAAUGGGAAGGCUAGGCUUCUUGAGGCCUUUACUUGUUCUUUCAAGGAAUGCAGGGUCGAUUCUAGGCUAUUUACAGCAUAUUUGUCUGUAGUUGAAGAAUUAUUGCUUGUUACGAUCAAUACUGGUCUGCAGAUGCAUGCAUCUAGUCAUCAAGAUCAUCUAAGCCAUGAGAUUGCUUGGAUGAGAGAGCUUCCCAGGAUAUUACUGCACCUAUCUGAUGAACAUCCCUCUAACACGAUGGUGGUUUUAAAAGUCCUACUUAGAAUCGGACAAUGUUCUGUGCCAAAUUCACCUCUUGGUUUUGAGUAUGAUGCUCUGCAAUUUCUCUUGCGAGAAUUUUAUGCUAUUAGAUCUCAUUCAGGAUCAAUAAAUUAUGGCCCGUUUCUGAAGCUACCAAAUGAUUGCAAGGAACUUGCCCUUUGUUGCUUAUGCUACUUUUCACGGUUGACUUCAGAUUUUCUUGAAUCAUUAGCCUAUUGCUGCUUAUGUAAUGAUAUGGAACCACUCAUACUGCUAAGGAUUGUUGAGGUUCUGCAGAUAGCAUAUAUAUCUGGUCGUGUCCCUGUUUCUGAGUACAUGAGUUUCUUGGUAACUUUAGUCGCACGCUUUAGAGUAUCUCCUGAAAGGUUUCUUGCCAAUUUUUUUGAGGAAGAUUCAAAUCGGAAAACCUUUAAGUCCAUCACAGAUGCAGUAUUUGAAUGCCUUGGUCAGAUUGGUGACAGUUGCAUUGUCCUGAAGUUGCUUUUCAAGAACAUGUUAAAUGAGAUGUUAUUAAAGCCUCCUAUGGACAAUUUCCGUGGUAUGCUCAGAAUGAUCAUUGCACUUGAUGCCAGGCUAACUAAACUUUCCGAUGAGGAUAUUGGUGACUUAAGCAAAAUCCUUUGUCGAUAUAUGGUUGAUACAGCAUCAUCUAUGUCUGAAGAUCCUGAUGUGGCUUGUCGGUUCAGUGGGAUCCCUACAUUUGAUUUUUUUCUGAAGCCCUGCAUUGUACUGUUGAUUGCGAGCGGCAAAGUCUUACCUUUUGUGUUGAAGUUACUCAAUCAGUUCGUUUCAGAAGAUUGUAUAUUGCUUCCUUAUGAAUCUGAUGAUAAAUAUGGAAUGGAUAUCUCAAUUAGAAUAAAUGCAGUGUUACACAUCCUCAGCUUUAUGUUUAGUCAUAAGAGACUUCACAUAAAUCUUUCAAGAAAUAAAGCACAAAUUGAUCAUACUCUUCUGAUCAUGCAUAACUUAUUGGAUUCAAAUAAGCAUAACAUUUCAUAUGAAGAAAGAGGCAGAUUACAGAGUGGUCUUGAUAAAAUGAAGGGUAGCAUAUGUGAUCUGUGGAUAAAAAAUUCAUAAUCCAAUUAAUCUUCAAAGAGUACAUGGGUGUCAGUGUGAGUAUUUACCUCAUAGAAAAGGAAAAAACAAUGCAUAGAUAAGCAAUUUUGUAAUUCUAAAUUUUCUAGUUAAAUCUAUUUUUCUCAUGUUUCCUGUUCAAACUCGUGUAAUUUUAUGCUUUUGGUGUUUGAUGUAUGGGCUAUGUUAUUCGAGUCAAGUAUGUCAGUUUCCAGUAGGAAGCAAUUGAUUGAAUAUUUAGAAGAUUUAUCAAUAUUUUAAGUCACAUUAAUGUCUUAUUAUUUUUUUUAAUGCUAUACUGAUAAUCAUUAAUAUUUAUGCUCUAUUAAUGUUAAUUGUAAGGCAUUAAUAUUGAUUGCAAGUUGUGUUAAUAUUAAGUAUUAUUUAUGUGAAUAUUUAUUUUAUUUACAUAUUUUAUGUGUAUUAAUAUUAAGUAUUAUAUUUCCCUGUGUUUUGUUUCUUGUUAUUGCAUUAUUUUUUUCUGCAUCUAGACGAUUAACAUUUGCAUUUUUUUGUGACAUGGGAAAAAAAUUGUGCAGUUCGCAAAUCAAUGUAUUCAUUCAUCUACUCCUAUUCUUCCAUAACUUGUUAGAGAAUGAUUAGAUAUUGCACGCUUGGAUUGCCCUGAGUAUUAUAUUUUGGACAAUUAAAUGUGAGUAGAUGUUGUUCUUGCCAAAUUGAGUUAAAGAGCAUUUAGUUAGUGUUUCCAUGAUUCUGAGUAGCUCUUACAAAGGCCACAAAUACUGCUGAUUUGGAAUCUUCAUUAGGAAUACUCUUGUAUGACUAUGCUAACCAAGGAUAUCCAAGCCAUAUGUGAAACUUGGGCGGUGCCUUUCACAACCAAAUAUAUUACAACCAAUCAAAGCAAAUUUUAAAAGGAAUUUUCAGAUGUGGGAUGAUCAACCCAUUUUAUAGGGCAUAUGCGAUUUAACAAUUGCAAGUUAGUUACAUGCUACCAGAUUAAAGCAUGGUUUAGUGUUUCACAAUCACCUUAAUUAUCAUUUUUAGUGAAAAAAAUCAUCAUAGAAGUCCGUAGUUUUAGAUAAUUAAAUGAACGAAACCAUUUUUUUUCUUCCAAAUUUGACUUUAUAGAUAGUCUGCUUAGCAUGCAUGUGUCUACUCCGUUUGCUUAAGUGCUUGGAUGUCCUAAAGGAUCAUAUAUCACAGAUGUAAUAUGGUCCCUUAUCUACAAUGCCUAGACAGAGUCUUGGACUGCUUUCUUAGAACUCUAAAUCAAAAUCAAUACCCAGUCUAUAGAGAGGUCAUAUAAAGGUCAAGAGGAUAAGGUAAAGGUUGAAAGAGUUCAGUCAAUAGUGCUAGUUGGAAUUCUUGUUGUAGUUUCAAUAGGUUUGCAAAACACAUAAGAUUGGAAUUCAUAAUUUAUUAUAUAUUUAGAAGACACAUUGACGAUUUUGAGAUUUUUGUAGCUAUUGCAGAAUAUUUUCUCGGUUGUUUCAUUGCUCAUGCAGUGCUCUUUGUAUAAUAGAGAAGAAAGAUUUAUAAAUUAGAAGUAUGUCGAAAGAUUGCAAUUUUCCAAGUCCACUCAUAAUCAGAAAUAAAGAAAGAAAACACAGGACUAGAACAUAGAUUUUUGGGGGGAGAAGUGUCAUCCCUCACCUUGCAUCCACAUACCACACAAACAAGAACAUAGGUUUCCUAUCGCACAUUAGUAGCAAAACUCUUCCUUAUUCUCCUCCACAACCCUCACUAUGCUCUCAAACACAGAUACCUUACAUGGAAUUCUCAGCACACCUUCCUGCUCAAACCCAAAUUCAUCCUCUGCUUCCCUCAGCAGAAUCUCAAACGCCCUGUGGCUCAAAUAUUCAGUUGGGAUCACAAACCUCUGCAUUUCCUCUCCCACACACACAGCAAGGCACCCUCUCGGUAUGCUGCUGUUGCUGCUGCUGGAGAAGGAGAGGUUCCUCUUCAGGAACUUGAUGCUCUUCUGGCUGCUACUGCAGCUGCUGCCAGUGGGAGAAACUGUCAGCUUCUUCCAUUUCUUCAGCAUCUGUUGGAGCCUCACCACCUCUGUGAUCUUGUUGGGCUUCUUCGAAUCCAUGCUUCUCGUGGUGGCUCAGACUAAUGCUGAUGGAGGUAAGGACUGUGAUUGUGUCAUGAUGCUUCAGUUGUAUGAGAAUUUAUAGGCGCUGGCAGACACAAUUCAACUACCUUUUUGCAUUUCUUUUAUUAACAAAUGCAAUAUUUUAUUGGCCUUAUUGCUCAUGAUUGCAGAAAAUCUACCUUCACACAACCACUAGAUCUACUUUGAAUUGUUCUUACAUAACUGAACUGGUUCAUAUUUACAUCAAGGAAAAUAAAACUAGUUCUAACGAUCUAUUCAUCAUUGCCACAAUCAUAUGGAUUGGUCAAAGGAUUCCCAUGUGGGUCUAUGGAAUUGAUUCCCCUCUAGGAGCAAAUAUGCAUGCAAUCUUCUCCAGAUGCAGUUUUUGGUACUUGCUAUUGUUUUCUUAUGUCCUUCACCAUCCUAAGCAUCUACGAUCUUAAUGUUUUAAAUUUGAUUUAAUAUAAUUGCUCCUCGCUUCAUAAUGCAGUAGGGAUAUUUGUUUGUCUGUUUUAUAUUUGUUUUUAAUGCAUUUGUGUGCUUAGGAGAACAUGACAGUUUGACAAUGAGCAAACUUCAUGUGCUAUCUUCUGUUUCACAAACUGUGAUCUUCAUUUUUGUUCUUACAUAUUAGUCCAUUAAUCUAAUCAUUUGGCAGGUGAACAUGGUUAGUACUAGUGCAUUAUAUAUUUUAUUUCUACUCCAUCAACCACCAUAUAAUCAUUAAGAUAUAAAAAUGAUGAUUGAUCAUAAUAUAUUUCUAUAUGAAAGCCAUUUUUUAUACCAAGUUUACUGUAGAUCACAUUUAUAUUAUUUUCACUAACUAAUAAUUUGAAGAGUAUACUGAAUUGCUUUUAGAAAAAUCUUGAUUGAUCUUGGUGCAUUUUAGAGUUGACAGUGUUUCAAGAGAUUCAGGUAUCUUUACUGAAAUUGAAAUAUGGCCAUUAUGAGUUUUGUCACAUAAAGAAUCUGAAAUAAAUGAAAGUGUUGUUGCUGCCAAUCCGAGCACUGUCAUGUCAGCUAUCAGCUCAUGCUGUAGUUAUUUUAGUUGGAGACAGUUAUUAUCUCUGCAUCCUUAAUGUUAAUAAUAAAUGAAAGAGAUGAGCAGUUUGUUUUUUUUAAUCUCUGCAUCCUUACACUAUCCACAUGCCUCGUGAAGUCACUAAAGUUAUUGCAACUUGAGAAGUGCUUCUGUAAGGUUCAGACGACAUGUGCUUCUGCAAGUUAUGAAUCUUUACUUCGUA